AUAUAAGUAAAAGAUACAGAAAUUCUAACAAAUAUUUCAAACACAAUCAUAAUUAUAAUGUUGACGUUAAUUAGCUUGUAUGUGUGUUUUUAUUCAUUCCAAUUUGCGAGCGGCUCAACUCUGGCAAUACCUCCUAUGUCAGCUCUAGUAAUUGCGUUUGAAAGCGUAUAUGAUCUAUCAUUACUGGCUAAUACCUUAUCAGAUCAAGGGAUUGAUACAACAUUAAUAAUACCGGCAUAUGCUGCUAAUGAACUUUAUGACAGAAUGGUCGACGUUCGAGUACUCCAACUGCCUGUUAACGCUGAUCAAUCAAUGUCUGCUGAAAAACGUGCAUUAGAAACAUGCAGCUUCCUUUACACAUCUGAAGAUAUAGUGAUGAAAGUAGAAAAACUUCGGCCUACAUUUACAAUAUUUCCAGCAUUAAGACAUGAUGGUUGUGUGCUUCCAUAUGCAAAGCAUUUUGGAUCAAUUCCAAUAAUCUGGAUAAAGAACCCAGAUGAGGAACUGUAUGUAUUUGAAUGCACGAGAGUUGCUUUGCCACUGCAUACUAGUAGUGGAAUUUGGUCGAGAAUUUCGACAAGUUUCUCAAGGAGAUCCAUAUUUUCCACUAUUAAGAACAAUUAUUUUAUUCCUGUUUUACGAGAAGUAAACCAUUUUAUACGGGACGUUAAUAUCGAUUUGGAGUAUCAUUACUCAAAUGUUCGACUAGUACUUUGGGGAGGUGAUCCAGUAUUACGUUCUGAUUUUGCAUCUUUAACAGAGUUACUCCUAGUGAUCGGUUGUCAUCACUGCAGAGGUGCAUAUCCCUUACAUGAGAAUUUGCAAAAGUCAUUGGUCGAAUAUAAGAUGGGUAUUAUAGUUGCUCUUUUAGAUGCAAAAUUUGAGGUAAUGUUACAAGGACUAGCAAUGAAAAUAUCUAAAAAGAAGGAAGGUCAGGCUAUCUUAUGGAAGAUGAAGCGCAAUACAAACAUUACACCGGACAAUCUUUUUUUUGAGGAUAAUGUUGAUCGGCAAGACAUCAUAGGUUACAGCAGAACCCGAGUGGUGUUGAGUCAUUGUACCGAUACGGAAUUCCUGGAAGCUGCCUUUCACGGGACACCUCUAAUAUGUCUGCCGAGGGACGCCCAAGAGUCUCGCAACGCGGCUCGCGUGAUCGAGUUGGGUUUUGGGCGCUCUGUGAAAAUCACGAACGAUCUUAUCGAUUCGGCCGUAGAGCUCACACGAGCAUUACAAGAGAUCCAUGGGACGAUGGUUUUCCGUGAAAAUGCACGACAGGUCUCUAUGGCGAUACGCGACAGACUAAAUCCACCCUCUGACAAACUCAUCUAUUGGCUGGGCUAUCUCACAAGGACAAAAGACGACACCAAGAAGUUCCAUAAGCCAAACAGACAAGCGAGGACACUCAGGGAGGAUAUUCAAUUCUUCGCUGGCCUUCUGGUAGGUGCAGUCAUCGGAAUUGUCGGUACGAUCAGUGUGAUCAUCGUACGAUAUCUCGUCAAUAGAAUCUCCACUAACAAAGUGCAAACAGUGAAAGGACGAUACAUGCAAUGAACAUGUUCCGUUAAGGUUCGACUCAAUAUACGCAUGCAUGGACAUUUCCGAAUAUAUAUAUAUAUUUAUAUAAAUGUACGUAGAAUACAGGUACAUACGAAUACAAAGGUUUUACGAACUAGAAGUUAUCUCAUAGUUAACGAAGAAACAAUUUUACUAUUACUAUUAUUAUUACGAGAAAACCUUCUCAUAAUUUGACUGAAAAGACUACGAGUCUAACGAAGUGUGAUGUAUUAUUGUGAAGAAAAUAAAUUACAGUCUGUCAAUACUGAGUUCUGUUUGUCGUCGGCACGAGUGUAUCCCUCGUGUGAUUACACGUUUAUAACGCUAAGUUUUUACAAUAUACGGACGAAUCGCGAUAUCUACGUUGCUUAAGGCUGUAUUCUAAACUAAACAAAUAAGAGAUAAUAGGUAUGCAACCUCAUGAAAUAACGUUAAUGAUUUAUGUCCAUAUAAUAUAUUCGCACAAUAUAUAUG